GGAGUGUCUCCAGGUUCCCGCCCAUCGGCAUGACGUCACCCUACCUGGCAACAGCCCUAGCGGCUGGACUGAGCUCUCCCUGACUGGGAUCAGAGGAAAGAGCCGGAGAGAGGGAUCGGCGUGUGAUUGGCCGCGGAGGGUCACGUGCCUUAGCUGGGCUCCGAGUUGGCGUACGCGGUUGUGGAGCCCGGUGCUCGGCUGGUAGGGAACAGAGCGGAGGGGCAGAAAGAGCCGCCGAGGGCCGGACAGGGCUGAAGAGAUUCCUGGCGUUUGGAUGGGCAUAGGCUGCUGGCUGGGAGUGACGGAUCCCGGGAAGCGAGAGGCCGGAGAGUGACAGGCCCCGGGGGUGAGAGAGAUCCGAGCAGCAGCAGCAGCAGAAUGGUGGAAUACAUUGUGGAAUACGACUAUGAUGCUGUAAAUGAGGACGAGCUGACGAUACGAGUGGGAGACAUCAUCAAGAAUGUUAACAAGCUGGAAGAGGACGGCUGGCUGGAGGGAGAAGUCAACGGUAAAAGGGGAGCCUUUCCUGAUAAUUUUGUAAAGUCAUCGAGCUCAGCUGGGUGUGUGCAGCAGCCAAACAUGUCUCUGGACCUGGUGGAGAUCAAAAAAGAUCCAGAGCCAAAAGAAGAGAAUGUAUCAAGUAAAAGGGAGAAAUCUGGAAACGUUGCCAGCCUGGUGCAGCGGAUGAGUGUGUAUGGAAUCCCUGGGAUGGGGCCUCCUCCACAGCCCAAAUCCAUCAAAAAAAAAUCCAAAAAGCGUCAGUGCAAAGUCCUAUACGAGUACGUCCCACAGAACGAAGAUGAACUUGAGCUGAAUGUGGGGGAAAUCCUGGAUGUAAUUGAGGAGGUAGAAGAAGGCUGGUGGCGUGGAAGCAACAGUGGCAAAUCUGGCCUCUUUCCAUCAAACUUUGUAAAAGAGCUGGAGCUGUCGGACGAUGGAGAGAGUCAGGAGAGCACUGAAGAUUCAGAGCAAUCUGUCACAACUCCUAUAGCAACACCAGCCUCCCCUGUACCAUCUCCAGUGAAUGGACCGGAUGCCUCCCCAUUAGCCACAGCGCAGCCAAAGAGGGUCAUGGGUGUUGGCUUUGGGGACAUUUUCAAAGAAGGGUCUGUGAAACUCAAGACUAGAAUGCCCGCACCUGAGCCAGAAGUGAAAAAGCCAGAAAAGCCAGUUCCAGUUCAGCCAUCAGGUAGCAUCAAGGUUCUGCGCUCAGCAAGCUCUGAUGCUUCAAGAACGGAGACAGACAACAAACCCAAAGCCAAGGAGAUGUGCAGAGCCCUGUUCAACUAUGAAUCAGUGAACGACGAUGAGCUUUCUUUUAAGGAAGGGGAUAUUAUUUGCCUGACUAGUAAAGACACUGGCGACCCAGGCUGGUGGAAAGGAGAAUUUAAUGGGAAGGAAGGCGUUUUCCCCGACAACUUUGUGGCAAUAAUACAAGACUCUGAAAAAGAGAAGCCAAGGAAACCUCCGCCUCCCAUUAAAAGCCCAGCUCCAAAGCCAGAACUUCGCAUUGGAGAGAAGAAAUUAACUCCAACGAAAACAGAAGAGAAAGAUGAAAAGCCAUUGUUGGACCUUAAACCUCCCAAACCCGCAGCUCCUCAGGUACCACCGAAGAAACCAAGUCUUGUAAGCAAAAGUAACAGCCUCCUAAAACCAGCAGUAAUCCCUCCCAAGCGUCCAGAAAAGCCGGCCUUUCCUUCACCAACCUCCAAGCCUAAUGGAGAUUUACUUCUCAUCCGCCCCAAGCCAGAAUCAGAGACUCUUAAUAAGGCAAAGACAGAGCUGGACCAACAGGUUCUAAGUCGACCAAAGUCGACAGAAGCGGAACUACAUAAUAAAGCGAAAACGGACCUCGAACAGAUCCUGAGCCGACCAAAAUCAGAAGUGGAACCUCAUAGUAAGACAAAAACUGAUCUGGAACAGAUUCUGAACAAGCCAAAGUCAGAGGCGGAACCUCUUAAUAAAACGAAGAUGGAUCUAGAACAGAUCCUGAGCAGACCAAAGUCCAACGGGGAACAACAUAACAAAACAAAGAUGGACCUGGAACAUAUUCUGAGCAGAACGAAGUCAGUGGAAGUAGAGCCGGCAGCUAAAAGCCCCAGAGACGAGGUGGACUUUUUUGGGGAUGCGAUACCUACCUCAAACCAUUUAUCCCACCCAACUGCGAACAGACCAAAGAUGCAAGGGAAGAGGCUACCUGGUCGCUUUAAUGGUCCCAACGCUCAAAGCAAAGAUUUAACAGAUUCUGUCAAAGUGCUUAAAGAAGAGGAGAAUGAAAGUGCCAAAGUAAAGACACCUGAAGUCAAAAAGCCAUUGGCUCCCAGCAUUGGUACAUCUCCACUCCCGACUUCAUUCCCUGUGUCAAAACCCGCCCCCAGUCCGCCGGUCCCAUUACCUACUGAGGCGAAAGUGAAAUCAGAUGUGACCGACAGUAAGAGGAGUGAAAAGAGUGAAAUGGACGACCUUAAAGCCCAAAUUAGUGACCUGCUCAGCAUUGUGCAUGCACUUAGAAAAGAACAUAGGAAAGAGAUGGAUCACCUAAAGAAACAGUUAGACGAGGAACGAUUGCUACGGACCCAUUUAGAGACCGAGGUUGACAAGCUGAAGAAGGCGGUCCAGUUAACAUGAGGCGGCCAUUUUUUUACCCCACCAAUCUAGAUUAAAGUCCGUGUCAGAUAUUUAACGCCGUCUCCUCUUCUCCUCGAGUUCACGGAAGCAUGGUCGAGCCCUACUCUGGCGCUUACCUUCGUUGCUUUGCCAAUGGAAUUAAAGAGGCCUUAUGUUCUUACUGUGCUGGAGUGAUGCAGGCCUAGUACAAUGGUUUUGCUUCGAGAUACUACUGAGUUUAUGUACAAAGCUGGGAUUCUGUACGAAUUUUACUUGUGUAAUUUUUUUUUUUUAAAGCUCUGAAUACGGUGAUAUAUAUAUCUUUAGAAAUAAUCUGUAAUAUAGUCUAACGGGGAAUACAGUAGCCUUAUCUUCACGGCGAAAACCAUCAUGUUUUGUAAAUUUUUGACUUCUUAUCCAGGGUUACACACUGUUGUGCCUGUCUGUGGUCCGAGUAUUCAUUAAAGGAGCUGUGUAUAAUUA